AUGCUUUACCAGCAAAGUAAUGUAAAGAGACCGAGAAGGGGAGAGGCCAACCACAUUCCUGACCUUCCAACUGGUGAGACCCCAGAGAACCUUGAGAAGGAGAGACUAUCACUUUUGAAAGAAGUGAAGAAGCGGAACAAUCACAUGGUUAAAAGAGACAAAAUGGCCAAGACCUUUUCAUUUCGAAGACAAGAAGUUGUGGAGAAGAAACUCAGCGUGGAGUUGAAGGAUAGAUGGCCAACACUGUUCCAGGUGGAUGAGAUGAAUGCUGAAUUCCUGCGCAUCACUACUGUUCCACUGCAAGCAAGAUUCCUGGAUUCUUUGGACCGGCACUUUGGUCAGCUGCUCCAGAUCAUCAGAAACAAGGGAGGAAAAGUCAGAGAGAUGACUAGGGACAAACUUAAAGUUUUGGAUCAGAGCCUGGACCAGAAUACCAGAAGAGAGUGCCUGCUGAAGUGCCUCAUCAUGUACCUGGGGGAAGACGUUGGCAAACUAGUGAAAAAGUACCUUGUUGUUCAGAAGGAUGAGGCUGAGACAGAACUUGAGUAGUCCACCAUGGCAAUCUUCGUCUUCAGAGAGUCAGAGAAUCCU